CACCGAGGGAGCAGGCACGACUGAACCUCACUCUGACAGAGGGCUGGGAGAGACACGUUAACACCGGUGCGACCAGAGCGACCACGGACAGAGGGAGAGGACCAGAGCACUGUCAUGGCCGUGGUCACGGAGCUACAGAAGAUAGGGAUCGGUGUGAUGGGCUUCGGGUUGUUCUUCCUGCUCUUUGGCGUGUUGUUGUACUUUGACUCCGUCCUUCUGGCCUUUGGAAAUAUCUUGUUCCUGGCUGGUCUGAUGCUGAUCGUGGGGUUUAGGAGGACAGCUCGCUUCUUCUUCCAGAGACAUAAAUUCAGAGGUUCCUUUUUCUUCCUGGGGGGUGUGGCCUUGGUGCUUUGCCGCUGGCCAAUCAUUGGCAUCCUGGUGGAGAGUUAUGGCUUUGUUCAUUUAUUCAGGUCGUUCUUCCCAAUGGCGCUCAGCUUUGUUCUCUCUGCUGUCAACCUCCCGUUUCUAAGUGCGAUGCUGUCGAGCAGCUCGUCGUCGUCGAUGGUCUGAGCCGUGGUUGAAGAGACCUCGUGGUUCCUGCUCUGGUUAAUUUAUUUUUGCAGUGUGCAGUAUUCCUUUUUUACCUCAGUAGUUUACAUGUAAAAUAAAACAUUUAAAUAUUAAUACUAGUAAAUAUUUUUUU